AUGGAACAAUUCGAGCAAAAGCAAGCAGUCUUUCAAGAAGAAUUGGAACAGUUGAAAGGAAACAUUGAUUCAAUGAAGGGAGAUGUGAGUAAGGUCUUGUUUUCUUUGAAGAACAUUGUAGCAAAACAAGGAGAGACUCCCACGGUAGCUUUUGAAGAUGUAUCCCAGACUAUUGGUACAUCUAAGGAUCAUCAACCAGGUCUUACUGAUGGUUUUGUUCCACCUCCUCCAAAGGUAGGGGCAUCCCACAUUCUGCAGAUCCCGGUCGACAAUCCUCUCGACUCAGAUAAUUAUAUGGACUUACAAUAUGGAGAACUUGAUUUGGAGGACAUGGUCCAAAUACCUCAACAAAAGGCGCUUCACACGAAGGCUGUUAGAAAUCUAAAGGCGUUCAAUCAAUUUAAAGCACUUGAAGAAAGACUAAAGGUUGUGGAGGGUUAUGAUACUUUCGAUGUUGAUGCUCUAGGAAUGUGUUUGGUCCCAGAUGUAGUGAUUCCCCCCAAAUUCAAGGUACCUGACUUUGAGAAAUACAAGGGUCUCACAUGUCCUAAGAACCAUGUCCGUAUGUUCUGCAGGAAAAUGACCGCUUAUGCCCAUGAUGAAAAGUUGAUGAUCCAUUGUUUUCAAGAUAGCCUGAGUGGGGCAUCUCUAGAGUGGUAUAUACACCUAGAGAGAAUGCAUGUCCGAUCAUGGGUAGAUCUUGCUCAAGCCUUCCUAAAGCAAUACAAGUACAACUUGGAUAUGGCUCCUAACCGCAUGCAACUUCAAAACUUGUCUCAAAAGAGAGACGAGCCUUUCAAAAAAUACACCCAACGAUGGAGAGAAAUGGCAGCCCGUGUACAACCAUCGCUUCUUGAAAGAGAAUUGGUAGACAUAUUCAUGAGUACUUUACAAGGACUAUAUUAUGAAAAGAUGGUAGGCAACAUCUCUUCAGGGUUCUCCGAUUUGGUAAUAAUUGGGGAACGAAUUGAAAAUGGUUUAAGGAGUGGCAAGAUACAAGGGGCAUCCACUACUUCUUUUAACUCAGGAAACCUUACUUCUAACUUUACAAACAAGGAAGAAGGGGAAACCAAUGUCUUUGCAAUUCAACAACAAACUCGGCAACCAUGGGUGAUUCCUCAACAACAAGUACAACAACAUCCCUAUGUGCCUCGCCAAAAAAGACCAAGAAAAGUGCAUGACCCUAUCCCUAUGUCUCAUAGUCAAUUGCUCUCUCACUUACUCCAGAACUCUUUGGUUGAGUUAAGGCAUCUUGGGCUUCCUCCUUUUCCUUAUCCUCCGAGAUAUGAUCCCAAUGCACAUUGUGAAUUUCAUUCUGGGGCACCUGGCCAUACAAUUGAAGGUUGUGAUGCAUUCAAAGGGAAAGUUCGAGACCUCGUUGACUCAGGGGCAAUCACUUUCACUUUAGACGGUCUGCGCAUAAAUUGA